AUUUCCGCCCACACUCGGGGGCCUUAAGCCGCCAUGGCUUCUCGUGGUGUUGUUGGCAUUUUUAUCCUCUUUGCUCUUCCCAUCUUGUGUCUGGAGUUCCGGCGUGGGAUCCCGGACCUAGGACUUAAAGAUCUCUUUUUGCUGUGUGGCCGGAUUUUCUUAGCACUUGCUGUUCUUACUUUAAUUAUUUCUGUGACUACCUCAUGGCUGAACUCAUUUAAGUCUUCCCAAGUUUAUCUGAAAGAAGAAGAAGAAGAGAAUGAGAAAAGGCAAAGACUCGUGAGGAAGAAACAACAAGAGGCCCAGGGUGAGAAGGCUAGCAGAUACAUGGAGAAUGUUUUAAAGCCUCAACAAGAAAUGAAGUUGAAAAAACUGGAAGAGCGUUUUUAUCAAAUGACAGGGGAAACCUGGAAGUUAAGCAGUGGACAUAAACUUGGGGGCGAUGAAGAUUCGGUGCCUGAAGAUGCAAAUCCGACGUCUGUGGAAACCUCUAGCCGAGAUGCAGCAAGGAGACGCAAGCCUCCAAGGGAAGCUCUGCCACCUGCCGUCCAGCCCGUGCAGAAGGAGGUUGUUGAUCUGCCUGAAGAGCCUUCCCCAACAGCUAGAGAAGUGGUCACUGUGGCGCUCCGAUGUCCAACUGGGAGUGUCCUGAGGAGAAGGUUCUUUAAGUCCUGCAGGGCACAGGUCUUACUGGACUGGAUGAUGAACGUCGGCUACCACACGGCUCUCUACAGCCUCUCUACCUCCUUUCCCAGAAAGCCUCUGGAAGUGGCAGGAGACUGGUCCCUGGAGGACGUGGGGAUAACCGUGGACACCGUGCUCAAUGUAGAAGAGAAAGAGCAGAGCGCCGAGGUGUAGAGGGAGAACUCCCUGCUGCACGUACAGCCAGCUGCACCACGCCUUCCAGGACAAUCAAGGGAUUAAAACCCGGCUGCACCUUGACUGAGCGCAAGGCAGUGGCCGCUUUACCGUUGCCACUCGUGGGGAUUGGCCAACAUAAAGGAUUAGAAAAGGCCCGCUCUCUGCCUCCGGUCGUUUGUGGGUUGUGCCAGCCUGCAGUGUCUAGCAAGGCCCUUCCUCACUGACACUUCCCCAGCUGACGUUUCUCAGGGUGCUGAAACACAGAGUGCUAGGAACCACGUUCGGAGUGUUCAGCCCAGUUCAGCACACAGGGACUAUUUGCCAAUUCAGGGGAACCUUCAGCCUCUUGAAUAGGAAUGUCCAUUCCUGCUGCUUUUCUAGAAAUUAAAACCCCAAAGAGGAUUCAAAGCUCUCUACGGUUUUAACGUUCUUGGUAAGUAUGCAUUACUGUUUUCUGUACUAAUGUCUGCAGUUUGUAUACUUUUGCCUUGUACGAAGUUGUAACAUUUGAAAAGUUCCAGGUGGAUCGAUAUUUUUAAGAAUAAAACCAUGCAAGCAUUAAAACACAUAUAUUUUAAUA